AUGACCCUAUCGACGAUCGCUACUCCAGAACGUUCGAUGCAUCAUCAAAAUAUCACUGCUCCGCGAUCCUCCCCGCCGAAUACCAGAAAAAAUGGAUUUUUGUCGACAUUAGCCAGCUACUUGACCUCCACCGCUAAAAGUGACCCGAAACCUGUGACCCAACGAAAACCGUUGAUGACGUCAUGGAAUGACGUGGAUUUUGUGAAAUUGAAUUCACUGGUCUGCAAUGUUCUCUACGAUCAGAAUAACUAUGAACCGUUAAUCACCGAAAUCGAACGUGUGGUUGGAAGAAGACGUGAGCACUGCUUCUACGGAGUUCUAUCGGUUAUUCUGGUUCUUGUACUGCUCCAUGACGCAAUUGGAGCCAUCACGGCGUUCAUGACCCUCAUCCUGCCCACAUUCAUGACUGUCACCGCCAUCUCCACCUCAGCCUCCUACGAGAAUCCCAGCUUUCUGAAGGAUCAUCAAGACUUUUCGUCCGUUAUUGGACGGUUUACGCGAUUGAUUCACUGGGAUCUCCGUCUUCUCCGACUCAUUUUCAUGUCGAUGUGUCUUUCCACAAGGAUUCCGGUCUUGGCUGCUACCUACACAAAAAUCCUCAACGCGGUGUCUGCAAUUCGACAAAUCAUUGACAAUAAUAACUUUGAGAAGGCACCACCACCACAAUCGGUGACAAUUUUGGCUGUGAAAACGAAGACGAGUUGA